AUGGCAGACGAGCAGUUUGAAGAGGAUGAGCUUUUAAAAGAAGAAAAACUAUCUGCAGAGAAGUAUGCAAAAAGUCUGGCACAGUACGAGCAGGCGCUUGCACUUGACCGGCCAUCUGCGUUUAUGAACAUUCUCAAGGUACCAGGAAUAGUUUUUUUUGCUGGCGUUGGGGGGUAUGUUUUGGGAUGGCUUGAGUUUAGGCCAUGGGUUAUUAUCCCUUUACUGUACACAAUAGGUUUUGUGUUUCUCUCUCGAAUCAAGGAGUUUAAGCGAAGCAUGGAGGCGUUUGUUUAUUUUUCAAUUAGAAAGCAAACUGUGUCUAAGUAUGAAAAGGUUGACUGGAUGAAUGCAGUCACUGAAAAGGCAUGGAGAUAUGUUGAAUCAACUAUUUCAAAGACACUGCUGCUUAGAGUCAGCGCAAUACUAAGGAAUAUUAAAGUUCCAAUGGUUAGUGAUAUCCGACUGGAUAGGUUUACGCUUGGGGGGCAGGCUCCGGUGAUAGAAGGCAUUAGAAUAAGACAAUCAUGUAGAGAGUCUUUGAUAAUAGAUGCUACAAUGCACUUUAUUCCAUCUGUAUCUGAAGAAAUGCACUCUAGCUUAGGCACUCCGGGAGAGAACAAUGUUACCUGGAACUCUAACAUUACAUUCACUAUCCGGGUAGGAGGAUCUUCUGCCGGAAUAGAUAUGCCAGUCACACUGAAGAACGUGUCAUUUAGAGGAAGCGUGCGUAUUAAGCUAAACUUUACAUACGACGCAAGUGUCAUAGAGGGAGUUGAGUUCUCUUUCUUGAAGCAGCCAAUGAUUGGAUUCAAUAUUGUUCCAUUAAAAAUGCUGGAUAUAAUGGACAUUCCUGGACUGGCAAGCACAAUAAAAAAAGUUAUUGAGAUGGGCAUUGAAAAAGAGGUGCUUUACCCCAAAAGAAUUUCAGUUGCACUGAAGCCCAAGUCAAUGUACUAUGUGGGGGCUAUUUCUGUGCAUGUGCAUCGUGUAUACACAAAAGCAAAAGACAAUCUUACUUUGUCAAUUGGAUUAAAUGGGAGAAAAGGACACUUCAUAGCACCAAUUGAAAAUGAAGAUUCUAACUAUAUAUCAUAUCUACCAAUUAAAAACAUGGACGACUUGGUCUUUAUCUUUAUUCAAAAAAAUAAUGAGAAAGUGCCAAUAGCAACAACGACCUUUUCAAUCGAGAAGAUUUGCAUGCAGUCAAGAACCCAUGGAAUCUUCCCACUAUCAAAUGGACAGGGAUAUAUUGAUGUAUCCUUUUUAUAUCAUCCAAAGAUAAAUGUUGACAAAGUAUCAGAGAAUGAAACACCAAAAUCGGCUAUUGUGACAGUAAAGCUAGCGCAAUUGAUAGAUAUGGUGGAUGUAAUGGGCAUGCCAUACAAGAAUCUUUCUGUUAGAGCAACUGCGUAUAUGCGGCAGAAAAGAACAAAAAGUAAAGAUCCAACACACAUGUCUGCAACUGAGCUUAUGCCAGAGGAAAAUGAUACUGCAAGUCCUGGGUUUUCUGUUACAAAUGAUUCUUCAACAGACUCAGAUGAGGAGCUUAAAAAAAAUCCUAAGAGAAGUCUUCCUGCCAACGAAAUACUUGGUGUGUUUACGACUUCAACUGCAAGAAAUGUUUCAAGUCCAGCAUUCGAUGAUAAGUUUGUGUUUUUCACCAGAGAUACUAAGCGAGCUAUAAUAACAAUUGAAGCGCUUGACAAGAAAAGAGUUUUAGGAAGUUUUAAUGUGAACAUUCGCAGAGGUAUAUCAAUUUCAUACGGAACAUUUGACUUUUGGCACAUGCCUGCAGGAAGAGCCAAGCUUCUGUUUUCUGCGGAGUACUGCUGCAGAAUCAAGGUAAAGAUGCAGAAGUAUACCCACGUGCGCAUGGUUAAAAUCAAUACUAUAGAAACAGAGGGUGUGUUUUCCGGUUAUCUGGUAACUUCUGGUAGAGUUGUGCCUGUACAGCCAUUCUUCUCGCACGCUAUUGGAGAGUACUCAGGAAUCACAUUUGUGCCCCUUUUGUCAAUGGACGAAAUAACCAAAUAUGUUGCAUAUCUAAAGGACGAGGUAUAUGGCGGAUGCGAUGUGGUGAAUGGCGAGUCAUACAUUGCAGACUCUAAAAUUGACAUGAGUAUAACAGAUUAUGAGAUUUACAACCACACGCCCGAAGAUAAAAAGGCCGAAGUCAGUAUAGACCAGGAAAGUGAGGAAAAAAAUAAUACUAGCGAAGAAGAAGCAAAGGAAAAAAGGCCGAUGAAAGCAUCCAGCAUAAAUCAUGUGCUUUCUAUGGAGUCAUCAGAUUUAAAUUCUCCACCCGAAGAAAUGCCAAUUAAAUCCGCAUUCAUUCAAAUGCGUGUUGUGGUAUGCAGAGUAAACCAUCCAAUAUUCCUGGAGUUUUCAAAGGAUGGCAUUGUUGUUGACAGAAGUGCCCCCAGCUCUGGAAAGAAGCUUUAUGGUGAGUUUAUUUUCUUUAGUGACGUGACUAUCUCAGUGUUUACAGUUAAAGAAGGCUUCCUUAUAGGCAGGUUCCAUCUAUUCAAGCCUAGCGGAAGGCAUGAGAUAAAACUAACUAAUGGCCAGCUUUUUGUCAUAGAUGUUAACAACAGAUACUAUAAAGGUCCUUCUCUUCAGGCCAUACAGACGGGAGCUCUCUCUAUAUCAGGCCUUGCCAUGCAGAUAAAAGACUUAGCUGAGCCCGAUGUGUAUUCCAGCAUAUUCCUAGAAAUACUGGUAGGCAGCGAGUCUAAAAUAACAAAGGCAUCUUCUGAUAUCGCAUCUCCUUGCUUUGAUGAAAGCUUUUCGUUUCCAGUUUUCACUCCUGUGGACACAAUAGAAAUAAAAGUCUAUGGAUGGACCCUUCUAAAAGAGAAAAAGUUCUUGGGGGAGGUAGAGAUUAGUGCAAAUGCAAUUUCACCAGACGAAUCUGCAAUUACUGCGAGCGUGCCCGCUAUGUGCAUAGACAGUACUUCAACUAUUUAUAAAUUAAAUGCAAUUAUGAUUUUGCAUAAAAAUGGAAGAGUAUGAAGGAUGGUCACUCGAUGAGUCAGAACUACUAGAAGUACAAGAAAGAACUUUCUUCCUAACGCAUGAAGUAGUAAAGAUGUACUCAUACUUGCAAUGGUAGCAAAUGCCAAUAAAUG